UUUCCGGAUACGUCACUCGGGGCUUCCGAGAUCCUAGCUUGCUGCUUCGCUGUGUUCAUGUCGUUAGACGUUAUAAACGUUCCGCAUUGCUCUGGGCAGCACACCAGAAGGGGCAAUGACUGCCCGAGAGGCACCGAGCAACCCAAGGAGUGUGGAAUAUUAGGAGUUUGUUGACGGGGGCGACGGUCAGAGCGUGAGGCGGAAUGUCAACAACGCGGCCUCUCCUCGGGAUGAGCAGAGUCACCGAGCUCGCGUUACCCGAGCAUCCGACCAGCAGGCAACCGUCAUCGGAAGGGAGGCAACAGCCUGACUCGCCGACUGUGGACGAAUUCGCUGUGCUCGAGGACAAAGAAGACGAGUUGAAAUGUGCCAAGAACCGAGUGGAACAUGUUUUUCAAGUUGCAUUCACCAUCAUCGGUCUGCUGGAUCACACGGGACAGCCGCACGGGAGCAGAACCGCGCGGCAGAUUUGGCUGCAGCUCCGGGGAGACAGGGAGGAUGUGUCCAAGGCAAAGGAGUACUUGAGGGGCCUGUGUGACCCGGAGCUACAGAAACAGGAGAAGUAUCCUGUGGACAUGCACUGCAUCUUCGCUGGUGCUCGUGGACUCUUCUUGGACAGACUCAUCCGAGACACGAGCGCCGAAGUCCUGGUUGUAGAGCCUGGUUGCCUGCGGCUGUUGGGUCGGGCCGAACCAGUGGUCAUGGCCCAGAGCAGGGUCCAGCAGUUUGUAGCACUUUUCCAGGAGAAGCGUAGUCUUCCAGCGGACAGAGAGACGGCAGUGAAACGAGCAUUCAAAGCCUUCGUGGAGGAAAGAGACGAUAAAUACACUAUGGAGCUUCUCCUGCUACCCAGUGGGCUGAAAGAAGAGUUACUGGGUCUGGCUCACAGUCCUGCCAGUUCAAGCACACCUGCAUUGGUUCAGCUGAAUCCCGCUGUGGCUGACAGUGACCAAGACCGCUCACAGAGCAGCACGCCCGUCACAGACCUUUCCAACCGGAUCCUGGGCACCAGCUUUGAGGACAAAGUCACAGCCACAACUGGAAACAGGAACGGGAAGGCACCAGCAGGCGGAGGAAUCAGAUUGGGACCCGAGGCCGUCCUGCUGAACGGCACUCGGCCCUCGCACAAGCGCCGCUCGUCUGAGAGCGAGACUCGGGACACGAAAAGACAAUACUCUCUAGAACGGAGAGACGAGUCGUUGGAAAGAGAGCGGGCGACAGACAGAGACUCCCGUGGCAGCAGCAGCAGCUGUCGAUCCAAAACUCCCUCGGCUUCAUUCCACCUCGCCCCUGACAGAUCCAACACUGUCGUCGGACCAAAUAUGCUGGAAUCCAGUGAAAAUGGCUCAGAAGAAGGAGAAGCAGUCAGUCCUGAAACUAACAUCCGCUGUUUGGUCAACUUUUUCAGAACCAUGGGGUAUGAACAAGAGCUGGUAGAACGUGUGGUCAAGGAGACCGGACAGACAGAAGACACUUUUCUAAUCUUGGAGAAGAUUGUGUCUGAAACAAAGCGCUGUGAACAUGUGUCAAAGAAAAGAGAGAAAGAACAAAGACUGAACUCUGCGAGCUCUUCUGAUAUUCUCUCCUCUUCCUCAUCGUCGUCGUCCUCCUCUUCUUCUUCCUCAUCUUCAUCCAUAUCUUCGACGGUCCCUCGAGAAAAAGAGCUCAGCAGAUUUUUAAUGGACUCAAACAUGUCCAAAAAGAGCUCCAAGCCAAACCAGGACAAAGGCAGCAGUAAUGGCCUUGGUCACCGGCGGCAGUGCAGCGGCAGCGUAACCAGCACACAGCAGGCCAUCACCAUCAAGAGGAGUUCCAGUGCUCAAGGAGGAGCCGGAAGUUAUGACGUCAUCACCAUCGAUGAUGAUGAUGAUGAUGAUGAUGACGACAAUGACAUCAUCCUCAUCGCUAACAAAUCUACAGACAGCCGGUCAGCUGUGGUGCAAAUGGACCCUCAGUCUGGAUCAAGGACAGACUAUUUGGUGAGGGGAGGGACUUCUCAAAGAGACUAUCUUUCCAGAGGGGGGACUCAGACUUUGGGGGGGUCGACGAAAGUUGAGAGUGUGAUGCCCCUGCGCAGCACCCCGCAGUGGCUGGCUGCUACCACCUCAGCGCCCACUUCUACGUCCAGCUCUGCCCAGGUCACCCCCCGACCAACCACAUCAUCCUACCAGACCAUCGGCCACGUGGGCCUUCACGGCAGUGGCGGACGUGGCCCUCUCGAGAAGGACCCGAAUGUGGGUCAGGUGACCGGGUUGGCUCGGUUUCAGCAAUCACUUAAGACGUCUUACACUCUGAAGCUACCAAAUGAGCCGGGCCGCCCUGACCUGCGGCACAUCAUCAUCGACGGCAGCAAUGUCGCCAUGGCUCACGGCUUACACCGCUUCUUCUCCUGUCGGGGAAUCGCACUGGCGGUGGAGAUGUUCUGGCGGAGAGGUCACCGGGAGAUCACGGUGUUUGUCCCACAGUGGCGGCAGAAGAGAGACCGAUUCACGUUAGAGCAACAUUUCCUGACCCAGCUUGAAGACCUGCGCCUUCUCUCCUUCACUCCUUCUCGAGAGGUCUGCGGCCAGAGAAUCGCCUCACACGACGACAGGUUCCUGCUCCACCUAGCAGAGAAAACAGACGGCGUCAUAGUAACCAACGACAACCUGAAAGACUUCGUCCACAUCUCAGACACCUGGCGCAGGAUCAUUCAAGAAAGACUUCUGCAGUUCACGUUUGUGGAAGACCUGUUCAUGAUUCCCGACGAUCCUCUCGGCAGGAACGGCCCUCUCCUGGACACCUUUCUGAGGAAAACUAGCAUACCGCCCCCUCUCACCCCCCCUCCUCCCAGGCCGCCAGACUUCCGCCCCUCCGCCCAGCAGCAGCAGCCGCUGUACGUCAAGGCCCUGUACUCGGCGCCACGUACGCCUGUGUCCACGCCGCACCCCCCUUCAUCCCUGCUGCCUCACUCAUCUGCACACUGGCCCUCUCACUCCGGGCCCCCUGAAUGGCACCCGCCCCGCAGGUCGCCCUCCCCGUCCCCCUCGCCUCCUCCCCAGCGGUCGCAGGUGGAGACGACGGAGCUGAAGAGAAAACUCUAUGACAUCUUUCCCGACCAGAAGCAGCGCAUCGACGGCAUCCUCAAAGAUAAUCCGUACAUGAGAGACCUGAACGCUCUUUCUGGGCUGCUGCUGGGGUCGUGAAGCGCCCUGCCUCUGUACAGACGCGACUCACAUCGCCAUGUUUGCAUCAUCUUGCAAAGUGAAGUUAAACAAGCUGCUAUUUGAAAUUGUAUAUUUCAACUUUUAUUUAAAUUACUUUGAGCAUCAGAACCAAAAAGCGACAAGAAAUUUACACCAGUCAGUACUACAGUACAAAAUCUUGUUUACAAUCAGGCUACUGCACAUGUCUCUUCCUUCACUGCUAAGCAACACAUUGCUCUUCACUCUCAAAUUUAACUCUUAAUUUGAAGUCAAAUAUAUGUACUUGGUUUUGUUGCUAGAAGUCAACGAGAGACUAUUGAGACUUUAAACUCUGACGAUUAAAAUUAAAUGUGACUGCAAAUAUUUUGAAAUGGCAGUACUUUAUUUUCAUACUUCAUAUAUUUAUUUGAUGUAAAUAUAUCGCUCCUUGUACAACAUCAAGAGUACUCCUCUUUUCUGACUUCUUCUGAGUACAUUAAAGCAUGACACCCUCAAAAAAGUGGUUUUAGUUUGCAGCUCAUUGACUGAAGGAAUUGCUGUUUUUUUAGUCUUCAUCUGUGUCCUGGUAAGAGUCAAGUCAGCAUUAUUUAGUAUACAGUAGAUUCAUUGACAUUGGAAACUGGAGUCGUGCAAAAUUGUUGUCCUCCGGAGCCAAAUUCAACAGUUUCAUCUCCCACUUGUUUUUUUUACAGCGACAUGGUCUAAAUGAACUUUAUUUGCUUGUUAAGAACAAUAAAACCUGAAUGGAAGAGAUCUUUGGUUUGUACUGUCGAUGUUGUAAAGGUUACUGAAGGACUGUUGUAAAAUACUUAAUGUAUAUCGCUAUUUUGUAAGUAGCACUGCGUUUUUGGCUACAUUGCACAUGGAAAAUUUCUGUAUGUGGAGGCUGAAUAAAUGCAUUCAAA